AUGAGUUCUUACGUCGCCAAUUCGUUUUAUAAGCAAAGUCCCCACGUUGCUGCCUAUGCCAUGCAAAGUUAUGGAAAUUAUGGAAGUGUGCCUGAGGUUCAGCCAUCCAGGUGCUGCUACAGCGGCGUGGAUCUGAGCAUCACCUUCCCCUCCUCCGGGGCUUCCAACCCCGAGGGCGGCUUGGAUAUGUCUGCAAACCCCCGCGCUCACCCCGAUCGACCUUCCUGCACGGUCAUGGGUUCGUCGGGCCAUCUUUUAAACGAACCCCCACCUUUAAACACGGGAAUUUACAGUCAGAAGACGGCGAACGCGGCGACGUUGGAAGAGAGAUCGAAAGGCUCGGCAGAAAUCAAAGCCGAGCCCGUGCAAACAGCACAACAAGGAGGAGCGCAAGUGCAGCAGCAACGGCCACCUCCACAAAUAUACCCGUGGAUGACCAAACUACACAUGAGCCAUGAAACGGAUGGCAAACGCUCCCGGACCAGCUACACCCGCUACCAAACUCUGGAACUGGAGAAAGAAUUCCAUUUUAACAGAUACCUCACCCGGCGGAGGCGCAUUGAGAUCGCCAACAACCUGUGCUUGAACGAGAGACAGAUCAAAAUCUGGUUUCAGAACCGGAGGAUGAAGUGGAAGAAAGAUUCCAAGUUGAAAAGCAAAGAGGCUCUUUAGGGCUUUGGCUGGAGGUGGGGGUCCCGCUCUGUA